AUGUUUAGUCAUAGUUUAAGAGAUCUCGUUUCAGGAUUAGAAACACCAUUAUUGUUACACAAGCCAGAUGGCCCAGAUGAUACAUAUGAUACGGAUUCAAGUGACAAUACUAACACUGAUGAUGAGAACAACACAGGUCUAGCAAAUCCGGAAACCAAAAUUACAAUCAAUACAAUUUUGCAUGUACUAUCUAACUAUAAUUUGAUGUCGGCUUUCCCAAACUUAUACUUGGCCUAUAAAGCGCUUGGGACUAUACCUGCUACUUCGGCGUCAGCAGAACGUACCUUUUCUAAGGUGAAGUUAAUCAAAACCAGAUUAAGAUCCUCUAUUUACCAAAAUAGACUGGAAAGUUUGAUGUUAAUCAGUUGUGAGAAAGACAUACAAAUUAACUAUAAUGAAGUUAUUGACACAUUUGGAUUAUCAUCACAGGUUUUAAAGGAUGCAUUGAUGUUCAAAUAA